AGUCCCCCACACAUUGAAUCCUUUCCCUUUCUUGACCUUACUUGCUAUCUUCCAGCCGAAACAAAAACUAUUACCCCUUUUUGGAUAAGUCCUUUUCCAUUUUCGUUCUUCAAUUUUCUUGUGAUCUCAAAAAUCUUUGAUGGGGAGAUUAUUUGUGUUGACUCUUGAAGGCAAGAUCUACAGCUGCAAGCACUGUGGAACUCAUCUUGCCCUUUCUGAAAACAUUGUUUCCAAGUCUUUCCACUGCAGACAUGGGAAGGCUUAUCUCUUCAGUAAAGUGGUGAAUGUCACUUCUGGCGAGAUAGAAAAUAGAAUGAUGAUGACUGGUAUGCACACUGUGGCAGACAUUUUCUGCGUCUGUUGUGGGUCAAUUGUUGGAUGGAAAUAUGAGACCGCCCAUGAGAAGAGCCAAAAGUACAAAGAAGGAAAAUCAGUGCUUGAGCGGUUUAAGAUUUGUGGCCCUGAUGGAAGCCAUUACUGGGAUAGUCAUGAUACUCAUGUUGCAGGAAGUGAUGCUGAUGGUGUUUGAUCACCAUCCAGAACAAAAAUUCUAUCCCAAAAUGUACAUUCUUUA